AUGGCGCCCCCCUCCGCCACCCGGCGCACAAACGAGCUCGACGCCGCUUUCGACGCCGAGAGCUCCCAGGCAAACGACCCAGCCGGCCUCCCCGGGUACAACGAGCUCCCUGCAUCGUCCAGGGCAUCGCUCUCCAGGCCUGCCCAGUCCACCGUCAUCGACAUACCAUCCAACGACGUCUUCUUUGACGCAGGCGACGCACUCCCUGACGAUCCAAGUCGCGCCACCUCCGCCACCGGCGGUAUCAACGAUCCGCUCGGUGUCACACAGCCCAACCCGGCCCUCUCGCGGCCCUACGACCCGCCGCCGCCAGCUGCCCGCACCACGCCCGGUGGCUCCACCUACGACUUCGAGAGGCCCUCGUCCUACUUCCCCGCACCAACGCGGAGACCUCCCACCGCAUCAUCGCACCAGGGCCAUGGCCCCCGCGUACCCUCUGGCAUGUCGGCCGCCGGCGAGACGCAACAUGGCAGAGUCGCCUCGCAAGACGACGGGCAUGACGAUGAUGAUGACGACGACCACGACCACGAUGGCUCCAACGAACUCCACCUCGGGUUCGCGGACGAGGACCGUGGCCGGUCGACGAACGGCCAGUACGGCCUUCUGGGCGGGAAUCAGGACCUCUCCCGCCUCGACAGGGCCCGCCUCGCCCUAGGCAGGUUCGGCAGGGUCGUCGGCAUGGGCUUCCCGGGCGCGCGCUACGAGGCCGUCUCCCGCAACGGAUCCGGACCUGGUGGCGCAGGCGGCCAGUCCAGGCGACCCCGCGUCAUGGGCGGCGGCAUCGGCCAGGACGGCGUCUUUGCCAACCUCAACGCCAAGCCAGAGAGACCUCGUCGCAACGGCGCCAGCGGCUCCGAAGACCGUGGCGAAGACGACGACCUCGCCGAAGACACGCUGCCACCGACCUACGAGGUCGCCGCCGCCGACGCGACGCCCCCUUACUGGGAGACGACCAUCCUCGGCACCGCCUCUGGCCUUCACCCGCUCGCCAACGGCCUCGGAUGGGUGCCUGGCGGUGCCCACGUCGGUGCCAUCGAGGAUCUGAUCAUCGAGGGCCUGCCCGUCGGCAACGUCUUUGGCUUCGCGUGGAACAUGAUGGUCAGCAUGACGUUCCAGUUUGUCGGCUUCCUCCUCACCUACCUCCUGCACACGUCGCACGCGGCCAGGUGCGGCAGCAGGGCCGGCCUGGGCAUCACGCUCAUCCAGUACGGCUUUUACCUGCGCGAGCGGGCCACCGAGAUCGCCGAGGGCAAGGUCGGCGGCGAUGGCUUGCAGGGCGCGUGGUUUGGCGAGGACAUGGGCGACCAAGUGGCGCGCCGUUCUGUCCACCUCGUCUCUCGCGCCGUCGGUAUCCUGCGUCGCAGCAUCGAAUUGCCCGGUGCGGCCGCACCCGGGACCGGGGGGACGACGUUAGCCGACGCCUUCGCAGCGCAGAGCGACGCCGUACAGAGCCAACAGGACCUGCAGCAGUCGAUGAGCGACUCGACCGAGUGGUUCUCCUACCUGCUCAUGGUCAUCGGCGGCUUCAUCCUGCUGCGGAGCGUGGUGGGCUACUGGCGGAUCUAUCGGUGGGGCCAGUCGCUCGUUGAUGCGGCGCGGCGGGAGCAGGCGGCCGACGACGGCACCGGAGCGGGCGCGGGCGAGGGUGAGACGACGGAGGCCGCGCCUGUCGGAUUUGUGCACCGCUUCCGCUCCGCCUUCACGCGCGCUGGGGGCGGUGGAACGUCGGCGGGCAGCGGUCGGGCGCACAGCGCAGAGGACUGGAUCAUCUUCCCUGGCAUGGGGCACCGACUCGGGUCGUCGAGCGGCGGCGGGGGUAGGGGAUCGACGAGCCUGCGCGACCUCGAGGACGGUGAGGGCCUCGACGAUGAGGGCGCCGAGCUGAACCCGGCGGAGCGAAGGCUGCUGCAGAACAUGCGCAGCGCCGGGUUGCUCUCCUGA